AAGUAGCCUCAAACAUACAUGGGAGUAUCAAUGGAAUUGCCGGGAGAAAUAAUGAAAUCUACCAUUAUAGCAGAUUCAACACUCUCAAUUACUGAUAGCCCAUUAUAUUGAUAGCCCAUUGUUGUCAGGAACUCUUCUCCAAAUCGUUACUGAAGGUAAUAAAUUGUAAGGGUAUGGGGGCCAAUAUUUUCUAAUGGGUGCUCAAAAUGCCAAAGUAUGAACGACCUAAGAAAGCACAAACGAAAACAGCUGCAAUAACACCCCUAGCAAAUCUGAAUUUAGUGGAAAGCUUGUGAUAGGAACGAGUGUUUUCUUUUUCAAAAGUAAUUUACAAAGCUUUCCAACUGUUAGCACUUCCUGAAGAAGAGAAGGGAGUAGGCGAGUGAGUCGCAUCCGGUACGAAGGCAAACAGGAGGGAAAUGUGAACAUUUAUUUCAUUAACAUUUACUCAAAAAACGUUUAUUGAAUACUUACUACGCGCAAGAACUCUACUAAUUACCAGCUACUUCAGCUCUUCAGAGUUCAAAGAACGUCAAAAUCAAAUGAUUUCUUACAAGUAAUUUAGAUAUUUAAACAUUACUUAAAACUUUUAGACAAAUCGAGAUGUUUAUGGGACGAAGAAACGGGCGCCAAAGAAUUUGGGCUCAGGCAGCGAGGACAGCUAUGAGCAGUCGUCAGGGUCCUAGAGCAGCCACGCAAAGGGUCCAUCAUCCUACAGGCUCAAGUGUGGUCAGCUAUGCUGGUGCUCAGAAGGGACCUAAGGGAUGCUUCUGCGCAGGCGCGUGCCGCCUAACUCCCCAGGAACCGACCCGCGUUCUCUUUUCGGUCUCAGACAUGGGCACACCGCAGAAGGAUGUUACUAUCAAAUCAGAUGCACCUGACACCCUCUUGUUAGAGAAGCAUGCAGAUUAUAUUGCAUCCUAUGGCUCAAAGAAAGACGAUUAUGAAUACUGUAUGUCUGAGUAUUUGAGAAUGAGUGGUAUCUAUUGGGGUCUGACUGUAAUGGAUCUCAUGGGACAACUACAUCGGAUGAAUAGAGAAGAAAUUCUGACAUUUAUUAAGUCAUGUCAACACGAGUGUGGUGGAAUAAGUGCUAGUAUCGGACAUGAUCCUCAUCUUUUGUACACUCUAAGUGCUGUCCAGAUUCUUACUCUAUAUGAUAGUAUUAAUGUUAUUGAUGUAAAUAAAGUUGUGGAAUAUGUUCAGAGUCUACAGAAAGAAGAUGGUUCUUUUGCUGGAGAUAUUUGGGGAGAAAUUGAUACAAGAUUCUCUUUUUGUGCGGUGGCAACUUUGGCCCUGUUGGGGAAGUUAGAUGCUAUUAAUGUGGAAAAAGCAAUUGAAUUUGUUUUAUCGUGUAUGAACUUUGAUGGUGGAUUUGGUUGCAGGCCAGGUUCUGAAUCCCAUGCUGGACAGAUCUAUUGUUGCACAGGAUUUCUGGCUAUUACUAGCCAGUUGCAUCAAGUAAAUUCUGAUUUACUCGGUUGGUGGCUUUGUGAACGACAGUUACCAUCAGGUGGACUCAAUGGAAGGCCAGAGAAGUUACCAGAUGUAUGCUAUUCAUGGUGGGUGUUGGCUUCCCUAAAGAUAAUUGGAAGGCUUCAUUGGAUUGAUAGAGAGAAACUGCGAAGUUUCAUUUUAGCAUGUCAAGAUGAAGAAACAGGAGGAUUUGCAGAUCGACCAGGAGAUAUGGUGGAUCCUUUUCAUACUUUAUUUGGAAUUGCUGGAUUGUCACUUUUGGGAGAAGAACAGAUCAAACCUGUUAGUCCUGUUUUCUGCAUGCCUGAAGAAGUACUUCGGAGAGUGAAUGUUCAGCCUGAACUAGUGAGCUAGACAGUGAGACAUUGCUUAGUAUAGUUUUGCUAUCUUAACAAAAGUGCUUAUCAAACUUAAUGUGCUUAAAGUGCUUAUCAGACUUAAAAGCUGUGUUACUAUUUUGUAUAUGAAUAUUAAUUAUGUACUUAUACAUAAUGUAAAAUAAAGAUCUUUAUUGUAUCAGCUUUAGAUUACCUUCUGCAAUGCUAUUAUUCUGAGUACAAUUAUUUGUUUCUGCUUCAGUGUAUUUAUUUGUAUGUUUCCUUAACAGCAAGCUCAGUUUAAAGAACUAUUUAAAGAAGUAUUGUGUUCUACUUGAUGUUUUUCAUGUGCUUCUUUCAUGUUAUAUAAUAAUGGCUAAUGUAAAUUGGUCUAUGUCAAUGAGAAUGUGAAUGUUAAUAAAAAUUGAUAAACCCAUCCAUAUAUGAAUUAAAAGAUGCACAAGAAUAAAUGGCUUUUGAAAUUUG